AUGCCCGAGCACAAAGUUGGUGCUCCUUUUGAUCCUGCACGAUACUCCACGUUCACCCCCUAUGCUCGUGCCGUUUUGGAGGGGAUUUACGCCGUUACCGGAUUUCCGACUAGAGACGAGCGAGAACAUAUUGGCGAGAUUAUCGGGGAGUCAGAGAAACGGAUCCAGAGUUGGUUCAAAAGAAAUAGGAAGAUCGAUCGCAAACACAACCAUGAGGUGGCACGUGGGGAUAUUACGGAUCUGUUACAUACUCUACAGAAAACAGACUCCGCCAUCCAACUACAUCCAACACCAACGAGACCUAGGCAGACUCUGGUGGAGGAGGAAUUACCACGUGACAAGUCGGCGAAGGAGGCGCUGCCUAGCCUGAAGGCGAAAUCCCACUUGACCCCGGCCGUGUGGUCACGCCCUCUCUUGAUCUUGGGUGUUCCGUAUUUUCCCACAAAAUGUCCAACUUCCGCCUUUCCAGCUCUCGCAUCAGCCCUUGAAAUGCCGCCGACUAUCGCAUUAAAUGUCUCACCGAAGAAGAAGGAGACCGUACAGAACUCGUUCACGCCAGAGUUGACUGAGCCCUCUAGCCUCAAGACCAACAUCAGGAUCAGGGACCCUUUCGAGGAUGACCCUACACCAACGAAGAAGCGGAAGCUGUCCAGUGACGUCACGUAUCAGAUUCAGCCCAUUGAUAAGACCGUGGAGGAAAUCUAUCAUCUGACGUCACCUCCGCUUCCACACGUCGACAACUUCCUCUGGGGAAUAGAGGAACCCAGAUGCACGUGA